UGUUUGUCUAGAAAAUAAUAAUGGUACUGUAGUGUGUGUGAAGUGUGAACCGAAGAAAAAGAAUAAGAGUAGGAGUGGUGUGUUGAAACGGCGGCAUCUGCAGCUUCACCUUCGCUUUCAGGCUGCUCUUCUACUUCCAAUUCCAUUUCUCCUCUCAUCACUCCAACCCUAAAUCAAACUCAUGCUUUCAUUUCUUGGCUUCUUUCCGCGGAAGCCUAGGGUUUCUCCUCUGCACUUCAGCGCUCUUCCCUAACUCACUCUAAUCUCAUGUGAUCAAUGCGUGGAGGUUACAGAGUGCGCUCAAAGUAGCUGGUGUAAAUGUUUCAGAUGCCAUUUGAUCCUUCUCCGAGUAAAUGAGCAAUAUUGGAUGUUCUCACAUUUGUCAAUCUAUGUUGGUCUGUUUUGGAGUGGAGAUUGUUUCAAAAUUUUGAAAUAUUUUGAGUUAGCUGCCUAAACCCUGGCUUUUUCAAGAACUAGAAAGGAUGUGUCAUCUUAUGUACAAAGUUUUACUGGAUACACCAAUUUUGAAUGGUCAUCUGAACAAGCAUUGAAGAAAUAAUUCAAGAAACUUUGUAGUAUCCAUCUGUUAUCUAAAUCAGAGCAUUCUGCAUUGCCACUAGUCUAAGCGAAGCUGUAAUUAAGGCUUUGGGGAGUGAGAUGAGCGGAAGUGGCAGAAAGACCUCUUCAAAGUGGGAUUCGAGAGAUGAACCUGAAUUUGCAUCUUAUAGUGUUGCUAGUAGAGAUAGUUCAAAGUGGUCCAAUUUAGAAAGAAAUGAUAAGUUAAACCCCAGAAUGGGGUUUUCAGGCAAGGAACCUUUUUCUGGUGGCAGAGGUCCAAGUAAGGAUGAUAUUACAAAUAAAGAUUACAGAGUUUUGGAUCCAACAAAUGCUCGGGACACUGAUGGAAGUUACAGCAUGGAAAUGUCUCCAGGGCCCGAGGAUUGUAAAAAUAAGUACAGUCAAUCUCCAAAAAAUGGUUGGAGUAGGUCAGUCAGGAGUAAUCAAAGCAGAAGUAGGAGUCGGAGCCCUCCACGUAGUUUUAGGAGGGAUUUAGGAGUCAAUGACAGAUAUAGAAUGAGGACACAACCAUGUAGAGAUUUUGCUGCUGGGAAAUGCAGAAGAGGCAGCCAAUGCCAUUUCCUUCAUCAUGAUAAUCAAAAUUAUGAUGGCUGGGAAAGUAGACACAGGCAUGAUGGAACUCCCAGAUAUUCUGCUCCCCAUGAGAGUGGGGACUAUUCUCGUACAAGUGGAAGAUCUAAUGACACUUGUAUCAAUUAUGCAAAAGGAAGGUGCAGAAUGGGAGCAUCAUGCAAGUACGUGCAUCAUGACAAUUCUGAUCAAUUCAGUUCUGUGGAUGAAUCAACUAGGGAAAGGGAAAUUGAUAGAAGGCGCCCCGAGAGUUCUUUCGAGCAUGUUGGUCGAUACAGUACAAACCAGAAUGGUGAUAUUCCUUGCAAAUUUUUUGCAUUUGGGAAUUGUCGAAAUGGUAAACAUUGUAGGUUUUCUCAUGAUUGGCAAGCAUGUGGGAGCCCAAAUAGAAGAUUUGGGGAUGAUAGGUUGAGGAGCAGUCAAGGUGGAGAUCAGGCUUUGGAUAGGCCAAAAUUGAGUGAUGAAGUUAGUCCCAACGGAAGGCUAAGAGAUGAUAGAUGGGGUUUAGACGGUAGUACGGCUGAUGAAAAUAAAGUUUGGGGUGGUUCCAAGCAGAAUGAUUUAGUUGUUGUCUCUAAUAUAGCAAAGCUGGUGGAGGAUAACAGAAAUUUUAUGGGCACCCCAGAACCUGGAUUCCCUGCUUGGCCAAUUAGUGAUGGAUGGGACCAUAGCUUAGAUAAGAACAGAGUGCAUGAUGAAUCACCAUUUUCAAGUGAUAUGAAGGAAGCCAAUUGGACAGCAAAAAAUGAUAGUUCGAAUGUUCACACUUCCCAGUCAGUAGGCUCGGACAUUUGGCCUGGUAAUGAAAAAAUGUCUCCUGAUUGGAAUUAUGGUGUGGGAUCUUCCACCCAUAUCAAAGAGGAGCAUGGGCAGAGUAAGCAACAGGUUCUUCCAGGACAAGUAUUUCAUCAGAAUGUAAAUGCUUUGCAUUCUUCAAGCUGUCUCGCCAUUGGACAGAGUCAAGGAGCAGCUUCCAUUGUUCCUCCCAUAGUGAGAACUGUUGACGAUAUUCCAAACCAGGAAGUCUCUGCUGAGAAAAAAUACAUUGUUGAGCCUACUAUCCAGGAUGUAAAUGUAUCACAAGUUAGUUCAAGAAAUCCUCUAACUCAGAACAUGGUAAGCAAAGAGCAGCUAGCUCAACUUACUAACCUGUCAGCUUCUCUGGCACAUAUCCUCGGAGCAGGUCAGCAGCUCCCGCAACUUUAUGCUACCUCUAUUUCUCUAGACUCAAAGGAUACUCCCUUUCUAAGCAAAACUGAAGGGUCUGAUAAUCCUGUUUCCAUAACAUUCAUCAAGCCAGAUCCUGCUGUUGGAUUCCAGAAGCAGUAUGAUCCAAAAUGUAAUAGUAGGGAGCCAAAUAAUGCUAAUUCAAAUGGGGUUCCCUCUACCUCUUCUCCAAGUAAAAAUAUCCCAAAAGAUACAGCAGAAAUUCCGUCACUGUUAUCCAAGUUAGGACAACAUUUUGAUGAAUCUAACUCAAAGCCUGCCUUUUCGGAAGAACAAUUUGUUAAGAGUGAACAUUCAGUUCAGUUGCAGAAAGGUGAAAAUGUUGAGGUUAAUAAGGAGAACAAAGUGGUAGCCGAAGAAAAGCAAAGUUCUUCAUGUGAAAAUAAAAUUACAGAAGAGAAUGGUCCUAUGAAAAACUUGGACCAAAACAGUGGGCCUGAUGAGGCCAAGAAAACAAAGGAUGUGAAGGGGAUUCGUGCAUUUAAAUUUUCAUUGGUUGAGUUCGUUAAGGAGCUUUUGAAACCAACAUGGAAAGAUGGUAAAAUCGCUAAGGAAGAUUAUAAAGCAAUUGUGAAGAAAGUUACUGACAAAGUAACUGGUACAGUGCAGCGGGGACAUAUUCCUCAGACACAAGAGAAAAUUGACCGCUAUUUAUCAUUAUCAAAACCAAAGGUUAACAAACUUAUACAGGCAUAUGUGGAAAAGGUUCAGAAGGCUUAGUGCAAGUACAGAAAUUUGACUAUGUAAUCUGUUGCCUAUAAUUUGCAAUGUUAUUGAUUCCUUGCAUAUUUUGUUUUUAUAUUGCGCAAGUAGUUUUCUAUGUCCCAUUUAGAUCAGAGGAUAGUAUAAUCAAAGAACCUUUGCAGCUCAUGUACAUAUAAACGAAGCUGUUUCUUAUUUUCUAGUAUUUUUCAGAGUAAAAAUUUGGGUGCCAAGUGUUCUUAGACAUUAGUAUAUAACCCGAAUAUUAGGAAGCUGCUUAGUGGGAUCUAUCUUUAUUAGUGUUAUUUUUAUUUACCUGUUUGAUGCAUAUAACUGAUGUAAGGGAAGAAACAUGUUUUUCUUUUCAAAACAGUGGAAAAGAGACCGUUAAUUUCA